UAGGAGUGUGUCUCAUUGUCGUGUACAUUAAUGAUCAACUUGCAUGAUUUAUCAGUGCAUGACCCAGACUGGCAUAGAAAGGAUAAAGGGAGAAACUAAAUAUCUAAUAAUAAAUAGAGUAUUCAGAGGAAAAGGAACUGAAAUGGAGGAACAGGUUGGAGUAGAUGAGUUGAGACAUGGAUAGUGAGUGGAAGCGUGUAGCAGUGCCGCUGCUCUGUGCUGCUGUUGUGAGUGUUUUCCUGCUGAAAUGGCGGAAACAGCAGAAGGUGAAGAGGAAACUGCAGAGAGCCAGAGAGAAGAGAGAGAAGGAGUUCGAACAGGCAGAGAAAGCAGUCGGCUGCUUUAAGACUCAGAAUGCUGGUGUUGACUUGAGCUCCAUCGUGACUCUCCCACUGGCUGAGCUGAGACAGCAGAUCAGAGGAGGAUCUCUGCAGCCUGACGUUGUGCUCCAUGCCUACAUGGAAAAGGCUCUGGAGGUGAACAGGGAACUGAACUGUAGCACUGCUGUCCUCAUGGAGAGUUUGAAACAACUGGAAGACAUCGAGUCACACAAAGACGGCUUUCUCUAUGGCAUUCCCAUCAGCAUCAAGGACAAUGUGAAGUAUGAGGGCUAUGACUCUACCUGUGGUGUGUUGAGCAAGUUGGAGAAUCCUGCCAUUGAGGACAGUGUGGUGGUCUCAGUACUGAAGAAGCAGGGUGCAAUCCCCUUCAUCAAAACCAACAUCCCACAGUGUCUCCUCAACUACGAAUGCAGUAACCCCAUAUACGGGAGGACUGUGAACCCCUGCAACCUUGAGAAGACCUCCGGCGGCUCUUCAGGAGGUGAGGGUGCUCUGAUCGCUGGAGGAGGAUCUAUUCUGGGUCUGGGAACCGACAUUGGAGGAAGCAUCCGCAUCCCAGCAGCCUUCUGUGGCAUCUGCGGCUUAAAACCCACAAACAACAGGAUAAGCACGCAUGGACUCGACUCCUGUGUGAAAGGCGGGAAGACGGUCCUGGCGGCCGUUGGUCCCAUGGCCCGUGAUGUGGAGAGUCUGGCUCUGUGUAUGAGAGCUUUACUCUGCACAGACAUGUUCACUCUGGACCCUACAGUUCCUCCAAUACCAUUCAACCAGCAGGUAUACGAGAGCUCAGAGCCCCUGAGGAUUGGAUACUAUGAGAACGAUGGGUACUUUCAGCCGUCUCCAAGCAUGAGCAGAGCUCUACGGGAGACCAAAGAACUCCUGGAGAAAGCAGGACACACGCUGAUUCCGUUUACCCCUCCCCGGAUGUUCACCGCCUUCCAUGAAUACGUUUUGAGGGGAAACCUUGCAGAUGCAGGCUCCACACUCAUGCAGCACUUUAAGGAAGGCCCGGUCGAUCCAUGUCUGAAGUUUCAGGUUGCACUCUGUGAGCUUCCUCUGUUUGUGAAGAGAAUGAUUUCGCUGCUCCUCAGACCCAUUUAUCCACGCAUGGCUGCAGCUAUUCAUGCCUGCUGUGGAGUCAGCAACGCAGCAGAAUUGUGGAAGCAGCACAGAGAGGUUGAGGAUUAUAUCCAUGAAACAUUAGCUGAGUGGAAGAAGUUGGAGCUGGAUGUUCUGCUCUGUCCCAUGCUUGGACCAGCCUUUAACUUCAGCUACACUGGAAAACAAAUCAGUGCUGUGACUUACACUGCUGUGUACAACGUGUUCAACUUCCCCGCUGGAGUUGUUCCGGUCACUGAGGUCACAGCCGAGGAUGAAGAUCAGCUGAAAAACUACAGAGGGAACUUUGGAGACAUUUGGGACAAGACCUUUGUCACGGCCAUACGAGGCGGUGUGGGUCUGCCAAUAGCAGUGCAGUGUGUGGCUCUACCCUGGCAGGAAGAAAUGUGUUUACGGCUUAUGAGAGAAGUGGAAAAGCUCUGUGCCAAGAACAAGCAGACCAACAUGCACCACUAAACACACACAUUGCAUUAUCCUUAAUCAGAAGCCUCCGUUUUUGUGUUUGUCACUGGAGCCAAACGGCUAAAUGUCAUGGUCACAUCAGCUCAAACAGCAUUGUGGAGUUGUUCUGUGUUUUUAAACAGGCAUGUUCAUUUGGUUUUUGACACUGUAUUAGCCUUACUUAUAACAAGUGUUGCCAGGCAAAACAAACCUCGUCCAGCAGCGCUUAUUUUAUACCUCCA